GUCCGAAUGUUUUCUUGAAGAAUGUCAGUCAACAAUAAUCUAUUUUGAUUAGAAUAAGACGAUUAUUACGUUUCGAGCGCUAAUUAAAGUGUUAAUUAUGAAGCGAAAUGUGCAAUAAGUGUUCCCGUACGAUGUGCGAACCGAUCGGAUGGUCUAGUGCAAAAAACUACACGUGAAAAUGAUGAGUUAAAAGGCUCCUGUUUGGUCCUUCUAGUUUGUAGGUUUUAGAAUCCUUUUUUUUAUAGUUUUUACCAGUUAUAUGACGGUGAAACCUUCCGAUUUAUGCUCGAGUGAGAAUUGCAUAUUUAAAGUCAUCCUUGAUAGGUUUGAGUAUGACAAUGUCCCAGGAACCAGUAACGAGAAAGUAUGAAAUCUUUCAAGGCAGAAAUAGAUUUUAUUGCAGAGGAAGAUUCAUGACGGCCCCUAAUGCGAGCUGGUUUUUAAUCACUGUUUUCCUCAUCACUGGGACAUCUACAUUGUUUUUUGCUUUUGAUUGUAAAUAUUUAGCAGAAAAUGUAACCAUUGCCAUACCAAUUAUUGGGGCAUGCCUCUUUAUUUUCACCAUGUCUUCCUUAUUAAGAACAAGUCUGACCGACCCAGGAAUCAUCCCUAGGGCCACAUCUGAAGAGGCUGCUUAUGUAGAAAAACAAAUAGAAGUUACUAAUUCAGCCAAUAGUCCCACAUAUAGACCUCCCCCUCGAACAAAAGAGGUGUUGGUUAAGGGACAAACGGUGAAAUUAAAAUAUUGUUUCACUUGCAAACUAUUUAGACCCCCUAGGGCAUCCCAUUGUAGUAUUUGUGAUAAUUGUGUCGAUCGGUUCGACCACCAUUGCCCUUGGGUGGGUAACUGUGUGGGACGGAGAAACUAUAGGUUCUUUUACAUGUUUAUAGUAUCAUUAGCGUUUUUGGCAGUAUUUAUUUUUGCCUGUGCCCUUGCACACCUUAUUUUAAUUGGAAGAGAAGGAGAAGAAGACAAAAUGUUCUAUGACGCAGUUAAGGAGUCUCCCGCGAGCGCCAUAGUGGCAUUAAUAUGCUUUUUUAGUGUGUGGAGUAUAUUGGGUUUGGCCGGAUUUCACACCUAUUUAACCACUAGCAACCAAACGACAAAUGAAGAUAUUAAAGGCUCUUUUACUACUAAAAGGGCCCCGGAGAGCUUUAACCCGUACUCCCAAGGGAACGUUUGCUUAAACUGCUUUCACAUUUUGUGCGGACCAUUGACACCUUCACUGAUAGACAGGAGAGGUAUUGUUACUCCGAGUUAUAGAUCAGAAAUUGGAAAUCCAAUUACGCUGGAACCCACUAUCGGACUCGCUAAUUAUGGUUUAAAACCGCAGAACGGUUCCACCCUUCUUCACCCCACUACCAACGCCACCAACAACCACACGACCAACGGUACCGUGUCAGAACUGCCGGGCAUCUAUCGGCAAACCGCCGAAAUAACAGAGAGUAACUCCGGCAGCGUUACCCAUUUGGUAUCGAACGAACAUCCAUUGGCAACAGCGCCCGCAACGUUGCAACGUCUAGAGGAUUCCUCCACCUCGUCCUCCUCGGUCAAUCACUACAAAAGUCAACCGGCAUUAAACAACGAAUCGCCGGUCUACAACAAUCUGCUGUUGACCAAUCAUCAUCAGUUGAGCAAAUCGCACAGUUAUGCGGAGAACAUCAAUCAGCAGGAAUCCUCAACUGCGACCAUCAACAAUAUGGGGGAAGAUUUGUGUUUGGACGCGGUGGUUUUGAGGGAAACCCGUUUGUUGAACGGGGGUGAGAAGAUUAAGUUUGACGCGAUGCAUAACGAUUUGACCGUGCCGGAGAAGGAGAAUAGUUUGAUGAGCGCUAGUAGAUUAAGGUUACUACAAGACACCACAAUGAUCGAGAGUGCUUUAGACCUAGACUCGCUAGAGGACUCUAGUGUCGGAACGAGUAGCCAGGCGGCGCUAAUGAAAGUGGUAGUUUAAUGCCUCGGCAACGCUGUAAUAGUGAACCAGUGUUGCCGAGUUUGUUUCAAAUUUGUAUAUAGGUUGUAGGACCAGAUUAAUUUCGUUCCAAUUUUAUUUCUUCGCGUACGUAAAUCUAUUUACUAUAUAUACAUAUUAUAUAUACAUAUAUAAGAUAAUAUUUAUUUUUGUAUAGUAUUCAAUCAAGGUAUUUUCUAAGAUGAUCGCCGAUUUUUGCCGUUUGCGCCUUUAGGUUAAGUUUAAAAACUGUUUUCGCUCCCCUCCCCUCCAACUCCUUAAUUAUUGUAAAUGUGUUAAAUUUCAGAUAUGUAUUGAAAGUUGACUGAACUUUUUUUUUUUGUUAUGCAACUGUGUAUAUAAUGUUUUUUAAUCAAAAUUACAAAAAAUGACUAUACAGGGUGUUCCAGAAUAGGUGUGUGCGUGUGUGUGUGUGCAGGGAAAUUUUUAUAAAUUGUUUUAGUUUUGACCCCUUUACUAAGAGUCCUUAAGGGCGCCACUGGAAAUAGUUUUCGUUUUAAAAUAUUACAACCUAAAAUGAGAACUUAGUGAUCAGUUUGUUAUAGAGGAAUAUUAUUGACUUAAAAAAAUAUUUAAACACACUAGAGACUGGUCAAUUUAUGUUUAGAGCAUUUAAUAUUAUUUGUAUCCUUUAGAAGAUUAUUUGGGAUCUGUUUGUAGUAGAAAAUGCUUCAAAGUUUGGUUUGUUCUUUCUUUCUUUUAAUUCUUCUCCUAUUUCCUCUUCUGUUGCUGUUUCGUUUUUUAAAUAUUUUCAUUUUUCUUUAUCUCUUUGUUUGAAUUAUUGGUGCUUAAGCACCCUUGGACUUAUUGAAUAUUUUUCUCUUUCUUAGAUUCUUUUUUUUUCUUAUUCUUAUCUUGUUUUCAACUAGAGAAUAUCUUUAUUGGCUCUAACAAGCCUUUGCGGUUUCGUCCAGGCUUAUCUCCUUAAAUUCUUUCUCACCCUUAGAUGUUAGUAUCUUUUUUGUUUCAUAUUUCAAUACUUAAAGGCUUUUCAUCCUUCUUUUCUUGUCUUUUUUUCUUCUUCUCUUCUUUGAUGGUAUUUUGGCGUUUUUUCUGCCUUCUGGAAUUGCCUGGAAAUGGAUUCUUAAUUCAUCCAGGCAAUUGAAGUAAUUUCUGAUUUUCCAACUAUAGUUACUAGGCUAAACUAUAUACGAACAGGCACUGGAUAGAUCAGUCAUGUCUUCGCCAAAUCGUCUUAUUACUUUAUAUUUUAAAAUGAAAGGAAUUUUUAGCUGUUCCUUAAUUUGAAGCCAUAUAACUUGGAUGCUUUUAUCUCGAUCCCUUUAUAUCUUAAAUGAAAUCUAUAUACCAUUAUUUUCUUAGUAUAUUGCAAUUUAUUUGAUAUUUCUUGAUUAAAUAGUUUCUUAGAUAUUUGAAGUUUAUUGAGAGCAGGUUUGCUAAAGACCAAUCUGGACUUAAAGGCCUCGACAAAAUUCAUGGGGCACAAUUUAUUUAAUAAAACGCAACUUACACCAUAGCUUUUUUAUGGUCAUUAAUUUUGCAAUUCAAUGGUGAAUCGGUCCAAUUAUUCAAUAUAGUAACCAUUUUGCCCUUUUUAGAUAGUCGAUACGUAUCAACCCUCCUAUCAGUCCAGAUCCCGGAAAGCGAUGGCCAUCACCUGUCUUUUCUGUCUUUGGUUCAUGUUCGCUGUGUCAAAUAAAAAUUCGACUGUUCCUUGGUGUCUGAUGUACACUAGUGGAUCCAAGUAAUAGGUUCUGCUUGUCCGAAGUGUGUAAAUAUUACACUUAUUAUGCCGAAUCAUUGAUGUAUUUCAAAGUUGUUACAGAAGACCCAUUUUCAAAUAAAAAAUACCUUAUUUGAUAUCGGGAAGGUUCUGUUCUUUGCUACGAUAUACGGAAAUUGAACAGACCUUUUUAUAGGUGAGGGAGGAGGACCACUAAGUCUUACUCUAAAGUUUUUUUUGUGCUGAACGUGUCAUACCUUUAAAAUUAUUUUGUUUUGUACAGGUACUCUUAGAAUAAAAAUUCCAAUAUCUUGACCUUUACUUAAUGGAAUUUAGUAAUUUCUUCAAAAAAGCCUAGAAAAGUCCUCAGAGCAGCCGAUAAAAUAAUAUUUGCAAAAUAUUGACUACUAGAAGCCAAAAUGUUGGCGUGCCAAUAAGAGAUAAAUUAUUUUGUUUCUUAUCGGCACUCGUGGAAUAAAAAUUUCAAUAUCUUGACUUUUAGUGAAUAUAUUUCAGUCAUUUCUUGAAAAAAGAUUAGAAAAGCCUUUAAAGCAAUCUAUAAAAUAAUAUUUGCAAAAUUUUGACUACUAGAACCCAAAAUAUUAUCGUGCCAAUAAGAAACAAAUUAUUUUGUCUUUUACAGGCACUCCUGGAAAAAAAUUCAAUUUUUUCUUGAUUUUUAGUGAAUGAAUUUUACUUAUUUCUUUAAAAACGCUUUCAACGGCUUUCAAAGUAAUCCUUAAAUUAAUAAUGUUUAAAUUUUAAUUACUAGAAUUCAAGAUCUUGAUUAGCCAAUUGGAGAUAAGUUAUUUUGUUUCCUAUUGGCACUCCUAGAAUAAAAAUUCCAUUUUCUUGAUUUUUUGUGAAGGGACUUUAGUAAUUUCUUUAAAGAAGACUAGAAAAACCUUCAGAGCAAUCGAUAAAUUAAAAUUUGCAAAAUUUUGACUACUAGAAGCCAAAAUAUUGGGGUAUAAGAUAUAUAGUCAUAUAUAGUCAUUUUUUUACAAAACGACUAAAAAGGCCUUUAAAGUAAUUCCUAAAUUAAUAAUUUUUAAAUUUUAGCUUCUAGAAUCCAAGAACUUGAUGAUCCAAUUAGAUAUGAAUUAUUUUAUUUCUCAGUGGCACGCCUGGAAUAAAAAUUCCAAUAUCUUGACUUUUGGUUAAUGGAUUUUAGUCAUUUCUUCAAAAAAGACUAGAAAAACCUUCAUAGCAGUCGAUAAAUUAAUAUUUGCAAAAUUUUGACUACUAGAACUCAAAAUAUUGGCGUGCCAAAAAGAGACCAGUUAUUUUAUAUGGUUUGCGAUAUUCGAAGAAUAUAUUUACAUCUUCAGGGCGCGUAAAAAAUACUAUCUUCAAAACCGGGUACACUAUGGACAUAGGAAAUUAAAGGUAUCUAAAUACAACGGGAUUUAUGAUAGACAUGCAGGAUUUAUAUGCGCCCUGAAGAGGCAAAUGUGUUUUGCGAAACGUCGGCUAGUUUAAAUAGGAUUCGAUUUUUAUUUUAUUCAUCCGUAAUCAAACAAUAUCAGAAAUCAUAUAAAUAUUUAUAAAUUAUUUUGUCAUUUCAAGGCACUCUUCGAAUAUACAUUUCAAUAUCUUGUUUUUUAGUGAGUGGAUUUUAGUCAUUUCUACAGAAAAGACUAAAAGAGUCUUCAGAGGAGUCCAUAUACCAAGAAUUUCUAAGUUUUGACUACUAGAACCUAAGACAUUCAAUAGUCAAUAAGGGACAAGUUAUUUUGAUUCUUACAGGCACUCAUUGAAAAUAAAAAUCCUCAUUUCUUAAUUUAUUGAACGGAUUUUUGUCAACAUAGACUCUCGUAUGACUUCUCACUCAUUGGUUCCCUUAUAGAUCCUAACUAAGUAAACGAAUAACCCAAAAUGGGUUUCCACAGCAAAUAUUUCAAAUUCAAACUGAUUUUCAGUGGUGUCAUUUAAUGGGACGCAAAUUUAUUUAAUUAUGAGUUAUUACUUAAAAUGUCUGCACGCUUUACCAUAAAUUAAACUUUAUACAAAGAUUUACUAAAAAAAUUUACAAAGCUUUACUAAAUGCAUAGACUGGUUCAAAAUAUGGUAAAUCAAUUUAAGUAAACUGGCCUUAAUUUAAAAGUUAAUGAUACGGAGCAUUUUUUAACCCUCUGCACCCUUAGAACGAAUAGUUGCCAUAACAAUUGCCUUUAAUUUAAUUUUAAAAUGUUAUUUUAAUUUUGAUUAAAAAAAACUGUUACUAGCAAUUAAGGUGAUAAAUUCCAAUAAACUAUUACAUUUUCCUUGAAAACGCAGCCGGAUACUCUUCAAAGAGUUCUCUACAUCUUGGCCAUUACCAACAUUUGGACUCGGGCAAAUUUAUUUUUAAUCACUUAUUUACAAACAACAAUACAAUUUAUAAGUUCUUAUUCUGGACCACCCAAGUAUAAAAAAAUGUUGACUGCCCCUCAAUGAAUUGUUAUUGACUAUAAUUAUAAUACUUCUUGACAUCAUUACAGUAGAGGCUACUUUAGACUUUUUGGGAUGCCAAAGAUCUCAAACAUCACGCCAUAUUAUUAACCGAAUAAUAUUACUGCUUAAAAUUCAAUAAAAUAAUUAUUUGAUAUUUUAAGAUAUUAUUCAAUAAAUAUGCAAUUUACAGGGCGACACUCUCCGACCGUAAUAAAAAGAAAAAUCAAACGUUUUGAUUGUUUCUCUUUAUUUACUGUUGCGUUAGUUGUUGUUCCCUGCCGUAGUAGAAAUCUUUUCUUAUAAUAUUGAUUUUUUUUUGUAUAUUUUGUACUUGUUAAUUUAUUUAUUUAUUACUAAUUUGUUAACGAAAUAAAAUAUGCAAAAGUGACAAUACAAUUAUUUCACAUACUAUAUUAUUUGGCUUUCGUACAUUUUGUUAAUUGCUAUUGUGCGAUAAUAAUUGUUUUCAAUUCUUUUUUUGUUCUAUAUAAAGUUUAGUUUUUCUUUA